GGGGAAAAAAAUAAGAGACCCCUUUUUGGGGGCGGUAUUGGAGGAAAGGUAUAAAUUGCUUCUCAGUUAAUUUGAUUCACCAUGGCUCUCCUCAGUGACCUGACAGGUCUGCUACCAACACAAAUAUUUUACUUUAUUUUGACUUUUUUCCCCUAAUGAGACAAGACUUAGUUAUGCUUUAUUUCCACUUAAAAUAUCUGUGACCAAUGAGGACAGCCCAAUUCCAUGAAAAAAUCAUAACAAAUUGAGAUUAUAGGUAUUAUUUUUGAAAUCAAAUUGUGAUUUGAGGUGUUCAUUGGCCUUUUCAGGCCUUUUUGUGAAUCACUCUGUGGGGGAUUUUCUUGGACCUGAACUUGGCCAGCUUAAUGUCAGAACCAGGUCGUCAUCAUAAAUAGAAGCAGCUGCAGGAAAAAAAAAAUACAUAAAAUUCUCCCUUCUGGUUGACUCUGCUCUGCAUCCAGUUCAAAGCCAGGGAUGAGUAGGCUCCUCUUUCCACCACCCCAGUCUACACCUGAACGUUUGUUUCUGUAAAAUGUGACUUGUCUGUUGCCCACCUUCGCAUUCCCGUCUCCUCCUUCCAAGAAGGAAGUGAGGCUCAGCACUGAUGCACAAGAAGAGACUUUUGGCAUCGCCCAUGCUAAUUUCAUCACUUCAAGGAGAAAACGAUGCCUGCUUCCAAUUUCUAACACUCUCAUCAUUUCCUCUUCAUUUCAUUCUUUUGCAUUUUACGGACAGUACUGCAGUCUGCAAGCCUGCAAAAUAUAUUGCAUUGGCUACCUGAGAAAUGUAAUCCCUUCCUGCAACCUGCCUUUCCCUUCUUCCUGACAAAGCGCUUUUUAGUGUCUCAGUGUUCACAGAAAAGGCAAAGGUUCUCUCCCCCAACCCUUAUUCUGCCUUGGGCUCCCCGCACAGCGCGGGUGCUGAGGGGCUGGUGAGAAUGGAGUUUUGCUUUUGUUAAGUUUGCCAUUCAGACACAUUAGUGAAUUGAUCAUACUUGGGAGGUUUAAUCCUUAAUUGCAAAUUCCCGCACGAUCACAAAACAUACACUUGAACUGAUCAUAAAAAUGGCAAAACCCCAAUAUCAGACUUAAGUGUAGAAUUGCCAUAGUGCUGAUUUGAUUAUGCUUCAGUGACAUCUGUUUAAUAGAUUUCCACAAGAACUGUAAAUCCACAUUUACUUUCUUUGCAAAUUGUGUUUGAAUGCUGAGCAACCACAGCCCUCUAGCAUCUUCCCCUCCCUAGCCAUGUAUGUGCUCAACCCCCAUUCCUGUGGAGGGUGACUUGAUGUAUAAGUGGGAAGGGGACACAAUGCUGAGUUUUACACAUUUACCUCCUAUUUCCUUUUGUGUGUGGGUAUGUCUGUGUGCAUGUUUGAAACAGAUCUGAACAGCUUACCAUUUCAACUCCAUAGAUACGUGACUCUCCAAGUGCUUUAUUUUGAAAACUAGGACGUAGCACUUUGCAGAAGAAAAAUCAGUCCACUUGCUAUUGUUUAUGUGAUCGCUGAUCUGCUAGAUGGAUAUAGAAAGCACCAAGAAUUAUAAUAAUUUAUGGAGUGGAGCACUGGUUUACAAAUAUAUUUCUCUGCCCGAGCUUUGUGGGUUUCUUUGCGUCUCGGGGCUCGUUCCGUGCAAUGGGAACGGAGAAUAUUCAGAAUCUGAAGACGGGCCCGGCGAGCCGACUGCAUUCAUAGCUAAAAUUAAAGGAAUAAGUGAGCAGCUAUUUGUGGCAGACAGGACAUGAUCCAUCUGUUUCCAGGUCUGGCGGGGGGCCGGGCUGCGGUGGCGGCAGCGGUGGGAGAUGCCGGGGCGGCCAGCGGAGGUCCAUGUGGCGCUCUAGGUGGGAUGCCGGCGUCCUGAAGGCGGAGGCCCUGGCCCUCCUCCCCUGUGGCCUGGGCAUGGCAUUCUCCCAGUCCCACGUGAUGGCCGCUCGGCGGCACCAGCACAGCCGGCUCAUCAUCGAGGUGGACGAGUACAGCUCCAACCCCACCCAGGCCUUCACCUUCUACAACAUCAACCAGGGCCGCUUCCAGCCACCGCAUGUGCAGAUGGUGGACCCGGUGCCUCAUGAUGCCCCCAAGCCUCCGGGCUACACCCGCUUUGUCUGCGUCUCUGACACCCACUCCAGGACGGACCCCAUCCAGAUGCCGUACGGCGACGUGCUGAUCCACGCUGGGGACUUCACCGAGCUGGGGCUCCCGAGCGAGGUGAAGAAGUUCAACGAGUGGCUGGGCAGCCUGCCCUACGAGUACAAGAUCGUGAUCGCAGGCAACCACGAGCUGACCUUUGACCAGGAGUUCAUGGCUGACCUCAUCAAGCAGGACUUUUACUACUUCCCAUCUGUGUCGAAGCUGAAGCCGGAGAACUAUGAGAAUGUGCAGUCGCUGCUGACCAACUGCAUCUACCUUCAGGACUCGGAGGUCACCGUGCGGGGCUUCCGGAUCUACGGCUCCCCAUGGGUAUGGUGUCAUGGCAGAUGGGACGACCACCUAUGUGAAUGCGUCCGUAUGCACUGUGAACUACCAGCCCGUGAACCCGCCCAUAGUCAUCGACCUCCCCACACCCCGGAACUCCUGACUGAUCCCCACUGCCCCAGUCCUGCCCAUUUGUGCCAGCUCCAUAGGCCUGGUCCGGCCACCGUUCCUUCUAUACUGAGUUGCCUGGACGACCCACUUGGCUGCGGGGACUGGCCUAGCAGGCGGGUCAGGGCCUUGAAACAACUCUUCAGCCUUCUGUCACCUGGAGUUGGGACCCUGCGCAUCCCCAUCAGGGGUUCUGUGCUCAUUUACUUUUUCUGCGUGUACAUCCUGCGUGUACCUCGUUAAAGGACCUACUAAGCUCAUGGCCCUGUCAUGUUUGGGAAAUGACUGAAUCUUCAUUCUUCUCCCUUGGACGCCCUCCUGGUUUGGGAAGCUGCUGCUCUUCAAUGGGUUUUGGAAGUUAUACAAAAUCUCCCUUUAACCAUGGGUCUGUGUGGUGGCAUGCCCCUGUGUUAGGGGUGGGUGGGAGGAUUCGUGGGCUACACACAGACAGUCCUUGCUCUCCUCCCAAGUGAGGGAGGAGACAGGCCCAAGAAGGAGGCCCUCCGAAGGAGCAUUUAGGGACAUCUCAGGAAUUCAGACCACACCUGGCCAGGCCCACAGCAGUUUGCCUGGCAUUAUUCCCGUCUUCUUCUUCCUGUAGGCAUUUUUGUUGACGUGAACAAUGGCCUGAGUGUUCUAGGCAUUCACUCGGCACCUAGAUGAUGGGGGCUGCUUCUGCAGAAUGAGCCGCUGGCGUGCGUGCCCAGGACCAGCUAGAGGGUUCCCAGUCAUGGGGGGAUGACCCUUGGUCCCACGGGGAACACGCUGCUCUGCAGAACUCGGUAGCCUGGAUGGAGGGUCUGCAGGCUUAGGCUGCAGCAGGCCUACCAUGGGUGUGAACCCAUGUCCAGGCACGCACUGACACACAUGUACGCACGUACCCCUCUUAACUGAACCAAGCGGGUCCUGUGUUUCUCUUUGCUGCCCCGCAGUGAGGUUUUGUUCCUUGGUGUGGCUUCCCUUGCACCGUUAGGAUUCUGUCUGGCAUGCCUGCAGCUGAGGAAGCUAAAAGGGCUCAAAAUCCUCAUCCCAGGACCAGCCAGCCCCGUGAACGGGAGGGUGGCACAGGGACAGAGCAGGCCUCAGGCUUCAGCAGCCCCACUUUGGACAGCUUCUUUUUCUUCUUUGAAUUAGGACUGGAGGGAGUGGGGGCAGGAUGGUGGUGGGAACUGGUAGGGCUUAGAUGAGGGGCAGGCAGUUAGGCAGAAAUGGCAAGUUCAGGGUCAGAUUCUGUCUUUAUUUAAUAUUUUGUUCAUCAUGGACUUUUUUUGCAUUGAUUUUUAUUUUUAACAUUGCGUUAAAGUAGUAUUAUUUGUCCUGAUUGGUGAUUUUUUUUGCACCCCCUUUACGUUGUUCCUCUGAGAGGAGGGUGCCACUCCCUCACCCAGGUCCCAGCCCUGGAAACCAGCCUACCGUGAGCCCCUUUGCAGAUAUAGUCUCAUUUCAUCCUCAGAUGGUCCUUCAAGGUAGGUACUUUAUUCCCCAUUUUAAACAUGAGACAAUUGAGGCCAGAGGGGUGUGGCAACUUGCCUGGGGGCUCACAGCACAAAAGGAGCAGAGGCAGGAUCUGACCCUUGUUCUCUGACCUCACUGCCCUCACUUUGCCAUGACCUGAAGUUAUGUCCCUACAAAGCAAUGCAUGGUCCAAGGCUCUUUUGAUUGUAAUUUUGUUUUUAAGGGUCCUGUUCUAAACUGGUCUGAGCUCUGAGGAGUCCUGAACCCUGGGUGCAGCAUCCUAGCAUGCUGGGAGUCCUUUUCUGCCCACGCUGAGCUGGGCUUCUCGAGGGCUGGGGCUGCUGUCCCUGGAAGCCUGGCAGCAGCACUGUGUCUGAUUGGCUGAAGCUGAGCGCCGUGGGGUGUAGGGCUCCAGGAAUCCCAUUUGGCUGAAGGGGUUCCUGUAGCCGGGGAUGUUUACGAGGUCUCUCUGAUGCCCCAGGCGCGGGACAUGUGUGCGGUGGAGAAAAGCAAGCCCUUUCAGUGCCAGCUCCACUCAAUUUCUGUGUGGACCAAGAACUAUAAACUUAAAAAAUUUUUUUUCCUAAGGUAUCUUCAGAAUAUGGUGUAUUUUUAUGUGGAAAAGAAAAGUUAUGAAGGCAGCUGUUACUUUAAGAGAAAAUUCAUUAAAAGUCCUCGAGAUAUGAAGAUGA